GCCCGCCCCGCCGCCAGUGCGCCUGGAGUGCGACGGCGACAACAUGUUAGGCGUGAUCAAGAACUCGCUGUUCGGGAGCGUAGAGACGUGGCCUUGGCAGGUCCUGAGUAAAGGGGGCAAGGAGGAAGUCUCCUAUGAGGAAAGGGCCUGUGAAGGAGGGAAGUUUGCAACGGUGGAAGUGAGUGACAAGCCCGUGGAUGAGGCUCUACGGGAAGCAAUGCCCAAAGUCGUAAAGUAUGUGGGGGGCACCAAUGACAAGGGGAUUGGGAUGGGGAUGACAGUCCCUAUUUCCUUUGCUGUGUUCCCCAGUGAGGAUGGCUCCCUGCAGAAGAAAUUAAAAGUCUGGUUCCGGAUUCCAAACGAAUAUCAAAGUGACCCGCCAGUUCCCAGUGACCAAAGCGUCAAGAUUGAGGAGCGGGAAGGCAUCACUGUCUAUUCCAUGCAGUUUGGGGGUUAUGCCAAGGAAGCAGACUACGUGGCUCACGCCGCCCAGCUGCGCGCUGCCCUGGAGGGCACGGCUACCUACCAGAAGGACAUCUACUUCUGCACAGGGUACGACCCUCCCAUGAAGCCCUUCGGACGGCGCAACGAGGUCUGGCUGUUGAAGCUGUGAUGCGCCAAGCCAAGAGCUCCCUGCCUCCGUGUCCCGUUCUCAGGGGGCCGGAGAGGAGAGUGCUUUGGAUUCCAACAGCAAUUCCGACCUGACCGACUUCCCUUCAAAGCCAUCUCCUGCCAGUUUUCUGAAACAAGCAUGUUCUGUGUAUUGCGGUUCUUCUCGCGGUGGGAAGUAAUAUGGCCAAGACAGGCAGCAUCCCUCUCGUUGAUGUAGAAAAUUCUGUGGUAGGCCAGAAAAACCUUGGCAGCAUUUUCCCAGCCAUCUGGGUCACUAAAACCUGGUUUUUAAAAAAUUUUGAGAAUGUAUUUUUGUUAUUGAGGGAUAAAUGUGAUUCAUGCAUGAUCUUUUGUGAUUCUUAUAAGCGCUUUGUCUAAAAAGAAAACAAAUAAAAAUCUUACACAGCUGAGACAAA